UCCCAGUCAUUGUUAUGCUGUUGUUGAAUAGAUCGCUCGCCAAGGGCCAGGGGGGACAAGACGACAGGAAUACAGACUCGAUUCAAAUAGAGGAAAGCAACUCCUACAUUCUGGACAAAGAUUUGCCAAAGUUUGGAGAACCCAUUCAGAAUCUUACAGUGCCGCUUGGUCGAGAAGCUGUACUAACAUGUGUCAUCAACAAUCUACAAACGUACAAGGUCGCGUGGCUCCGAGUGGACACUCAAACGAUUCUGACAAUUCAGACGCACGUCAUCACCAAAAACCAUCGCAUGGCUGUUGCUCACGUCGAAGGUCGAGCCUGGGUGCUGCGUAUUCGGGAUGUGAAGGAAUCUGACAAGGGAUGGUACAUGUGCCAGGUCAAUACAGAUCCGAUGCGCAACCAAAUCGGGUACCUGAAUGUCGUUGUGCCGCCAAACAUACUGGACUAUCCAACCAGCACCGAUAUGGUUGUACGCGAGGGAAGUAAUGUAACAUUAAAAUGUGCCGCUUCCGGUUCCCCGACCCCGUCCAUUAUCUGGCGCCGCGAAGGCAACGAACCGAUCAACACGGGAGCCGCGACUAGCCUGAACAGCUCCACCUUUUCCAUUUCCCGAGUUAAUCGACUGCAUAUGGGUGCAUAUUUGUGCAUCGCGUCCAACGGCAUUCCGCCAUCGGUCAGCAAGCGUGUCAUGUUGAUUGUGCACUUCCCUCCAAUGAUAUGGAUCCAGGAUCAGCUUGUAGGCGCCGCCCUGAGACAGCGAUUGACUCUCGAAUGUCAAUCGGAAGCUUACCCACGUUCUAUCAAUUAUUGGAUGAAGAAUGAAACCAUCAUAACCCAAGGUAAACGCUUCGAGCCAUCUAUUAAAGAAAUCAACAGCUAUAAAGUGGUUAUGAAGCUUACCAUCAAGGAGAUCGAUAUCGCUGACUUUGGAACAUACAAAUGCGUUGUAAAGAAUUCCCUAGGCGAAACGGAUGGAACUAUCAAAGUUUACCAUAUUCCUUCGACUACCGUAAUGGCAACAAGUCCCCCAGCAACGACAACAGUUGCAACAACUACAGCAGAAAGCACCUAUCGGAAAACCUAUAAAAUCAAGGGUCAUCACCAAUCGAUCGACGAUUUUUCUGGAUCGUCCAACAAAAUUCUUGGCACUGGUGAAAGUUCUGAGUUGUGGAAUGUUGAUGGCACAAUCGAAGGUCGGGAUCAUCGGUACAGGGAGAACGGUGCAAGCUUUAGUGACGAUCAGCGCGAAAAGGAGGCUUUCAUCGACACAGAAAGUAACUCCCGAGGCAUCAUGCAUGACACCACGAUUAGAAACACUCACCUGAUAGCGGUGUGUUACAUUGCGGUGGCUACCGCACUCACCUUUAGGUGAUUGACAUGCUAGUUCAAUUAGUCAACUGCAACCUCGAUUGCAGUAACUAUAAUACAACAGCAUAAGAAGCAGUUGUUUCGGUUUGGGUAUCGGAUAUAACAGGCCAAACUAUUUAAAGAAACAAUUAGGCAGUGUUGAAAGCAAAGUAAAUCCAAGAAGUAAACUCUAGAUAUGUGAGGACAAACUAAGAUAGAACAU